AUGGGAACUCAAUUCAAGCUCAACACCGGUGCUCAAAUUCCUGCCAUUGGCUUUGGCACCUGGCAGGAUGCCGAGGCACAAGAGUCAGCCGUUCUCGAAGCUAUUAAAGCGGGAUAUCGUCACAUUGACACUGCUCGAGUAUAUGGAACUGAACCUGCUGUAGGAAAGGCUAUCAAAAAGAGUGGUGUGCCCCGCAAGGAACUGUUCGUUACAACCAAACUCUGGAACAACAAGCACCACCCCGACGACGUGGCUCAAGCUCUUCAAGAUUCCCUCGAUGAUCUAGGCUUGGAUUAUGUCGACCUUUACCUGAUGCACUGGCCUGUUGCCUGGAAGCGCGGUACCGAGCUUUUCCCCAAAGAGAAUGGAAAGCCAGCUGUGAUAGAUGUCGACUACGUUGACACAUACAAAGCAAUGGAAAAGUUGUUGUCCACCGGAAAGGUCAAAGCAAUUGGCGUGUCAAACUUCUCCAAGGCUGAGAUGGAGCAUCUGUUGAAGAAUACUUCUGUCGUACCAGCGGUACAUCAGUUAGAGGGUCACCCGUGGCUGCAGCAACGUUCGUUCGUCGACUGGCACAAAGACAGAGGCAUUCAUGUCACACACUACUCGCCAUUCGGAAACCAGAACGAGCUCUAUAGCCGGGAGGGCACUAUCGGUAAGCUAAUCGAUGAUCCAGUCCUGGUUGAGAUUGGCAAGAAGUACAACAAGAGCUCGGCUCAGGUUGCCCUUGCCUGGGGUGUUACGCAGGGCCACUCGGUGCUUCCCAAGUCCAAGACCCCUUCGAGAAUUAGGGACAACUUGGCAGGUGACUUCAAGUUGAGCGAAGAAGAUAUGCAGAAGAUCCAUGGCAUCGACAGAAAGCUUCGAUUCAACGACAGCAGCUCUGACUUUGGUAGGGAUUUCUUCUCCGACUUAGAUGGAAAGAAAUGA